AUGAUCAGGUUUAUCUUCUUCGUUCUUCUUUUUCACGCUUCUUAUGUCCAGUGUAAGUGAGAGAAAUAAAGAUUUUAGCUACUUAAAUGUAUUUUAGGUGCUCCAGACAGGUCAAAUGAAUCUAAAGAGAAGGGAUUUAGCUGGAAGUGUAUGGCUUGCCGAGGAGGCGUCGAAGUUCUCAGGUAAUCUGAUGGUUUAACUCUCCUUUUAUUGACAUUUCGAACUAUGAUUCCGACGUUUACUUAGAAGCUUAUUUCUGAAUUUAUAAAUUCAUAUUUUUCGUAACCAAGCAGAAUUCGAAUUGUCGUCGGGACGUUACAAAACACAUGCUUUGUGCCUAAAAUUAAAAAUCCCAAAUAUUUUUUUGUUUUUCUCAAGGGCAAAUUUUUGAAAGUCUAAGCUCAUACGGUACUUUCAGAUUCCUAUUUGAACGAAACAGCACCUCAGACAAGAUCAUAAGGGCCGCUGAAUAUUUUUGUAAAGAAUUUGCAAACCAGAAUACCCAAAUAUGCAAAGGAUUAACAUCCCAGUUCAGAGUGGGUGCAGUCCCUAUUGCCUUCAUGACUUUUGCAGGAACAAUUCCUUUACGUCCUGGAGCAGAUGGUCUUAUCUCCGAGACAAUUCUGUGGUCUAAUGCUCGAUGAAUGUGGAAUCCCCAACAAUCCAUUUGAUGGAAAUUGGACUCUAAACCUCCCUCCCAAACCAGAUAUCUUCAAGGAUCGACCAGCGAAACAAGCCGACCAAGAGAAUCGCCCCAUCUUCCGAGUAUUACAAGUCUCCGAUCUUCAUUUUGAUUUCGAAUAUGAGAAUGGGACAGAAGCCGAUUGUGGGAAGCCGGUCUGUUGUCAAGGGGCUCCAGUCCCAGUCCCUAAGAAAUCAGCGGGAUAUUGGGGGACACUGGCUGCUUGUGACAUUCCUUUAAGGACCGUGGAGAGCAUGUUUGCACAUAUUGCAGGGACUCAUAUGGUAUGUAACAACCUAUAUUACAAUUCACACUUGACUCAAAUAAAAUUUAUAUAGUGGAUCUACGUUUAGACAGACUCAGACAAGAAGAUUGAUUACAUUAUGUUGACUGGUGAUUACAUGCCUCACAAUGACUGGGUAUACAACAAGGACAGCCAUCUCUACGUCAUCUCCAAUCUCACCCAGCUCAUCAAUACUUACUUUCCCGACACUCCAGUCUUCUGGGGAGUAGGAAAUCAUGAAGGAGUCCCCGUGAAUUCCUUUGCUCCUCACACAAUGCCUUCUCGUUUCUGGCCGGACUGGAUUUACAAAGCGUUGACAGAUGCUGGAGAGAGAUGGAUUCCACCAGAGCAGAUCGCCUCGGCCAAUUUCAGAGGAUCUUUUAGUGUGAAAUUGACAGACAAACUGAAGUUAAUCAAUUUGAACACCAACUUCUGCGAGACAACUAAUUUGUAAGUUUUUUAUUCAAAUUUUGAGAUUCCCGCCAAAGCUUAAUGUUAAAAUUGAUUUUUAUUAAAAUGAUUUCAUUCCUUUUUCACACGAAUUUACGUAUUUGCGUUUAUUUAUUUAUAUUUAACUGGUGUUUAUGUAAGUAAAUAAACGUAAAUAUAUUUACUUAAAAGUAAAUCCGAGUUCCCUGUAUUGUAAACUAUUUUUAGUUUCCUUUAUCUGAAUCAAACAGAUCCAGAUAGUGCUUUGCAAUGGCUGAUCGAAGAAUUAAAAGAGGCCGAAGAACAAGGAGUUGUUGUUCAUAUUAUGGCUCACAUUCCCCCUGGAGAUGGGGAAUGUUUGGAAGGAUGGGCUCGAAAUUAUUAUAGAAUUGUCAACCGAUUCGAGUAUACCAUUCGCGCUCAGUUUUUCGGUCAUGUCCACACGGAUUCCUUCACGGUCUUCUAUGAGAACAUGAAUAACUUCCAUUCUCGUCCCACCAAUGUUCUUUAUUCAGCACCAAGUGUAACUACUUUUGAAUCUGUAAAUCCUGCGUAUCGGAUAUACGAAGUUGAUGGGAAUUACGAACACAGCACUUAUGUAAGGUCGUAUUCAAUGUAUGAAUCUGUAUUUUAGGAAAUUCUGGAUUAUAAAACUUACUUCUUGAAUCUGAGUAGACCUCAACCAUAUCCGAAUCCAGAGUGGGAGUUACUGUAUUCCGCCAAAGUAAGUUAUGGAGAAGACUGUUGUCAUUCCGUCAACCCUGAUUUCAGGCCGAAUACAAUCUUCCCGACCUGUCGGCUUCCAGUUGGAGUACCUUAGGCGAGAGAAUCCGAGGGGAUGACGUCUUGUACAAAAAGUUCUUAAAGUAUGUUGAGCCUUUAAAAUUAUACAAGUUUUACAGGAACUAUGCCCGCCGAGAUGACUAUCCUUGUGACGCCAAAUGUAGAGAUGAAUUGUUGUGUUCGUUAAGAAGAGGACACCACAAUGAGUCUGCCUUGUGUCCAGAAUCGACGCUGAUCAAGAGGACUUUCCCCUUCAUCGAUCGCUCCAACAUCGAGCCGUCCAUUUUGGAUCAAUUCACUCGAGAUGAGUUCAUUUCUGGAGCCAAGACAGCUCUCUGGAACAAAGUCGUGGGAUGGAUUGGAAAAUAA